AUGUCGGCCGAUGUUGCGGACGAGGGCUGGCGAGGCAAAGGCCGCACGCGACGGGCAGAGCCGCAAGCCGAGCCUCAACCUCAACCUCAACUACAGUCGCAAGAACAACAACAACUGGAGUUCCAAUUCCAACAGCAGUUGCUACCGCCUGCCAAAGUUCUCAAGUCUUCGUCCCCUGACUUGUCUUCACCCAAUUUAUCCGACUGUGAGAGUGUGCCUACUCCCGCGCGGUUUCGAUCGCGCGUUUCAUCCCCUAAUGCAGUCGCGCUGGGCCCUUCUGCUUCUGCUAACACUGCUGAUCCUCCUGUUGUAGUUACAAAGAAUGCUGGAGAUGCAGGAGUUAAAAAUGAGAAACAGGAGAGCGUCGCAGCCACUGGCACCACAAAGGUGAAACGAACUAGGCGAAAAAAAGAAGACAAGGAGCCAAAGGAGAAAAACAAGGAAACAAAACCUCGCAAACCUCGCACCAGUAAUGCCAAAAUCAAUUAUAAUGGCGACGGCAAUAAUGCCAAUGGGAACCCGAGCCAGUCUCAAAAUCAGCAUCUUCCUCUCACCGAUGACAAUGCAGAUCGGGCAGCGUCGCGAAAACGACCCAAGCUGGAUCAUCCACAGGAUGCCAAGCCAAGUCCGCCUUCAAGGCAGUCCAAAAUCACCGAUCUAGUAACCCCUCAUACCGCUCCUAUAUCUACUCCUUCGACACUAUCUCCAACUCACGCAACCUCGUCAACCCAAUUCCAUCUUGCUCCGUCUUCAACUUCCACCUCGCCUCGGCUCCAGCCACACCUCCAGCCAAAUCACCCGUAUCCUAUUCCCCCCAACAACUACGAUGCAUUCCCUACAAACGGCGAAUCCCGCCCUCCAUAUCGACCCUAUCACAUGCAACAGGGCCCGUCUUCCACCUCUGCUCUAGCUCCCGCCCCUAGCCCUGCCCAUACUCUCGCUCCGUCCCAGCAACAACCUCAACCCGCGCGCACCAGUGGCCAGCACUAUGACCCCAUCCGCUCUGCCUUCGACAACUCAUCCGUCACCGCCCCUCAAUUCUCCGCAUCCUCAAAAAUCUCCUUGACUUCUAGUCACCAGUUUACUCCCCCGCCCAACACAAGGACACCUCCUCCUCGUCCAGUGUACCGAGCUAGUGCAUCUCCCGCCAUUUCCAGCAUAAUCGAUCCUCCCAUCCAACCGUCUUCCUCCGCUCCCCCCCAGCCAUCUCUCUUUCAUCAGCAGUCCAAGGUUUCUCCAGAGAACAGCCAUUCAGCCAAACAUUCACCUGUUUCAGCCACUCCCAUCUCGACUCCUAAAACCAAUACGACACCUAUCCAACAGCCUAAAGCUGUGCAUCAGCCGCUGCUGUCCUCCUCUCUCCUGCAAGAACCAGUCACCAUGGAUAUCGACAGUGGGAACAAUGCACCAACUCCCGCUCCAUCAGUACCCUCGAAACUAACUUCAACAGGCCCCACCAAAAAAGGAACCGGAGCUUCCACAGGUACCCCCUCCACUGCACCAUCUCCUAAACCUUCACGAACCAAAGACACAACCCUGCCCCCGAUCCCAUCAGGCUCGGGCUUGCUAGCCGGUACCCUUUUCGGCGUAGACGCGGUCGACAAAUCUAACUCGACAUCAACCCCGAACAUCAUCCUCCACAUCCCUCUAAAUGGUAAAACCAACCAGAUCAUCAAUUUCACUCGUCUGGCAGAAGAACAGUACGGUUUUGACGCCCUCCAUCCCCGCCUUGCAGCGCAACGCGAACGACUAGCCCGCGUCAAUGCCGCCAGCGCUGCACUGGAGAGAAAUGAAAAGAACACCAGGGGUACCACUGGCACUGAUAGUGCAGUGGAGGAUGAUUUAAGCCUCGAUGCUGAUCGCGAUAGCGACGGGGAUGGUGAUGUGCUCAUGUCCGGUAUGGGUGGCUCAUCGUCGUUAUUGAAUGGCCAUGCAGGCAGUGACGCAGGUGGUGGGGGUGGUGCUGGUGGUUCUACAAAGAAGAAACGACGUCGGAAAAUCGAAGAGUAUGACCGUGACGACCCGUUCGUCGACGAUAGCGAGCUUGCGUGGCAGGAGCAAGCUGCCGCGAGCAAGGAUGGGUUUUUCGUCUAUAGUGGUCCGUUGAUUCCGGAGGGCGAGAAGGUCGCUGUUGAAAGAGCCGACGGCUCCAUAAAACGCGGUCGCGGUCGCGGCCGUGGUGGUGCUGGUGGUUCCUCUGCGGGCGCAGGUAGCGGCGCGCGCGGUCGUGGGGGUGGCGGCGGUGGUGCUGGAUCGUCGAACGCGGGACAGCAAGCUGCUGGAUCCUCUGGACAAGAUGGAGCCGCUGGCGCUGGCGGUGGAAGAGGUGGUGGUGGCUCGGCGAGAGGGAGCGGAGUGUCGCGCAAGCCGCGUGUGACGAAGGCUGGCCGGGAGACGAUGCAGAGAGAAAAGAUGGAGAGGCAGAAACUGGGGUUGGAGUUAGCGGGGAAGGGUAAUGGUGGUGGUGCUAGUUCUGCUGUGGGUGGCAUCGGGGCUGGGACUGGGACUGGGACUGGCGCUGGGACUGGCGCUGUUGGGCAGAGCACGGGCGCGGGUGUUGGUACCAAUGCGACUGCAAAUGCAAACCCCAAUAUGACUUCCAAUGCUGGGGGUGUGUAA